AUGUCAAGAACCAAAACUUUUUUGAGUGAAAUGUGGGAUAAAAUGGGAAGAAAGAAACACAUUAACACUCAAACAGAUAUAUUGGAAACUCAACUCAGACGCUGUUUGACCACAUUUGAUAUUGUAUUGCUGGGCAUCGGACAUAUGGUCGGCUCCGGUGCUUAUGUGCUGACCUCAUCGGUGGCGCGUAACAUAGCGGGUCCGGCCAUAAUUAUAUCAUUUAUAAUCUCUGGUGUGGCCUCUUUCCUGAGUGCACUCAGUUAUGCAGAAUUUGCCGGACGUUUCCCCAAAUGCGGAUCCGCUUAUUCGUAUUCGUACUUAGCAUUGGGUGAACUCUGGUCUUUCAUAGUGGGCUGGAAUAUGAUAUUAGAGAAUGUGAUCGGAACAGCAGCUGUGAGCAGAGCCUGUUCUGCUUAUAUGGACUCUCUAUUGAAUGGACAGAUAAGGAACUACACGAUGGCAUCAUUGAGUUCAUCAAUAGGUCUCAAUUACUUCUCAGCACACGUCGAUAUCUUUGCAUUUCUAAUUGUGAUCGUAUUAAUGGUGUUUAUGACAAGUGGUGUCAAAAUCACAUCUUAUUUGAAUAAUUUAUUUUCAAUGAUAAACAUAACUGUAAUUUUCGUAAUAAUUGUCGUUGGAUUGUAUUAUUCGGAUCUUAACAACUGGACUCAUAGUCCCAAUGGUUUCAUGCCUUAUGGAUGGCGGGGAGUGUUUGCUGGCAGUGCUACGUGUUUUUACGCAUACAUUGGUUUUGAUUCAAUCAGCAGUUCUGGAGAAGAGGCUAAACAUCCGCUACAAUCCAUACCUUUAGCUACUUUUAUAUCGAUGACAUUCGCCACCUUCUCAUACGUGUCGGUGUCGGCUGUCCUCACACUAAUGGUUCCCUACAAUCAAAUCAAUGCUGAAUCGGGACUUCCGGACGCAUUUGGAGUUCACGGAGCCGUUUGGGUCAAACUCAUUGUAAUAGUGGGCGCCUCCUGUGGAAUGGUUACUGUCCUCAUCGGUACUAUGUUUUCGUUGACACGUAUUGUAUACUCCAUGUGUGACGACGGGCUCCUCUUCUCAUGGAUGGGUUCAGUGAACCAAAGAACUCAAAUCCCACUGAAGGCCAUGUAUUUAUUCGCCUCAAUGGGAGCCCUAAUGGCCCUCUUUAUAGAGAUCACAACUUUGAUCGAAAUGAUGUCAAUCGGAACUCUCAUCGCAUACCUUGUGGUCAGCGCUUCUGUGAUUGUCAUUCGAUAUGAACCGAGCGUUCAGUCAAAUGAUCGACACAAUAGUCUCUCAACUGAAGUGAACCAAGAAUUGAAUGAUUUGUCGUCCAAUAUAUCGGAAGAAAAUAAAUUAAUUGACGAACUCGUCAACAAUGAUAACGAUAUUCAAAAACAAGAGUAUUUACCAACGGGUCAGACAUAUGCGGUCCCUUUUGUGCCACUCGUUCCCACUCUGUCCAUAUUCUUCAAUAUAGGUUUAAUGAUUAACUUGCAAUCAUUAACAUGGCUUAGACUUAUAUUCUGGAUGAUUAUUGGACUAUUCGUAUAUUUUUGUUACGGCAUUAAUCACAGCAAAACAGAGUCUAAUUUCAAACAAAUGCAAUCCAUUAACUCUGAAGGCGUCAGAAAGUGGGGAUCCGUUGAUGAGAAUGGCAUAAGUGUUGUGUUGGUAUUGUUUGCAUACAUUGUGUUGAGCAGUGCUGACCACAUAAUUGCCGCUCACGUGUCCGUUACCGCCAAUUGUGACCAAUACUUGUCUUCAAUGGCUGUCCCGUAUUUGGAUCACUUCCUCGACAGUUUGGAAACACUUCCGACUGAUCUGCAGAGGAAUUUCACAUUAAUGAGAGAUCUGGACACUAAGACCGAAGGCAAUUUAUUUUUGAAUGUCUUGAAUGUCUCCUCCAAUUCAGAACUGGUUUCUAAGAUAAACAAGUCGUCCGAAGACUAUAUCGUGUCUGUGAAUGAGUUGUCAACGGAAGACAAAUGCAAUCGUUUCGAUCACAUCCACGACAUGUUCGAGAAGGCGAAGGUCUUGAGCGACGAUAAGGUCCAGUUAGCGAUGCAGACCUACGAAAUGGUCGACAAACACAUCCGCAGACUCGACACAGAACUCACUAAAUUUGAUAAUGACUUGAAGGACACACAGUUGACCAUUCAGUCCGCAGAACCCGUCACUCAUACCGCCGAAGACGGCAAGAAAAAGGGCAGAAGGAGUGAUAAAACUAAGAGCACGGGAUUUAACCCAAAGAAUGUCAUUAAAACUGAAUCAGAAAAGGGAAAGAAGAAACAGGAGAUGAAAAUGUCUGAAAGCAGUGUUUUAGCCAAUAGUUCCGUUGCUUCCGUUUUGCCCGCAUUGAUGGCUAACUCUGAUAUUGGCCUCGAUAUGGCUGUGGAUCCAAAUGAGCCCACAUAUUGUCUUUGCCAUCAGGUUUCGUACGGAGAGAUGAUUGGCUGCGAUAAUCUCGAUUGUACAACGUUUUUCUUCUGCAACGAACUUAAAGCGAACUAA